GAGGGGCCGGGCCGGGCGGUGCUGGCGGCGGCAGGAGGAAGAUGGUGGCAGAGAGGGGAGCGUCUGGCUGCUGGGCUUUCCGCCCUGUGCUGCGCUGCCACCCCCGUCGGAGCUGCCCUGCGUUCUGAGGGGGCGGCGCGGACCCGCAUCAGCUUUCUCAAACCAUCCUUUUGUAAUCACAGAGUAAUUUGAGUUGGAAAGGAUCCCUAAAUGCCAUCUGAUCUCUGCUCUGCUAAAAUUGAGUGACUAAGCUGUGACAAGACAAAAUGUCAAUAGAGUAAGUGACCUACCCACCAGAUCUUGCCAUGAACCAUUUGGUUGGACCACCUGAGGGGAAGGUAAAUGAAGAGCCAGCAAAUGGAGCAGUGAAUGAGUCAGUGGAGGCUGACCUGGAGCAUCCAGAAGUGGAAGAGGAGCAGCGGUAUGCAACUCGCUACCCAAGGCAUACAAACAGCAGCCAAGUGGGCCUGUCUGGGCAGGAGGAAGAAGGGAUGUUAGCUCGCUCAGCCAGCACUGAGAGUGGUUUCCACAAUCACACAGAUACUGCAGAAGGGGAUGUGAUAGCCACAGUGGACGACAGUUAUGACACAGAGAGAGUCCAGGAAAAUGAAGAUGAGAGUGCAUACGCAGUACAGUACAGGCCUGAGUCUGAGGAGUACACAGAGAAUGCUGAGGCUGAGCAUGGUGAGGCCAUUCACAAUAGGACAUUGCCCAAUCACUUACAUUUCCAUUCCAUUGAGCACGAGGAAGCCAUGAAUGCAGCAUACUCUGGUUAUGUCUAUACACACAGGCUCUUCCACCGGGGAGAGGAUGAGCAGUAUGCUGAGCCUUAUGCUGACUAUGGGCUGCAGGAGCAUGUGUAUGAGGAGAUAGGAGACACACCCGACAUCGAUGUUAGGGAGGGCAUCCAACAGUACGAGCGGGAAAGAGAGGAAGUUGACAAUUACCGCAAGGAGGCGCUUGGUGCCCGCCUCCACCAUUAUGAUGAACGGUCUGACGGAGAGUCUGACAGCCCUGAGAAGGAAGCAGAGUUUGCACCUUACCCAAGAAUGGAUAGUUAUGAACAAGAGGAGGACAUUGAUCAAAUUGUAGCAGAGGUGAAGCAGAGCAUGAGCUCCCAGAGCUUAGAUAAGGCUGCUGAAGACAUGCCAGAGGCAGAGCAGAGUUUGGAGCAUGGCCAUGCUCUUCCCAGUGGUGGGCAUGAAAGUAAUGGUCAAGUCCCAGCUGGUUCUCGAGUUACAUCCAGUUCAGGAGAAUCUGUACAGAGGUACAGCAAGGAAAAGAGAGAUGCAAUUUCACUGGCCAUCAAAGAUAUUAAAGAGGCCAUUGAGGAGGUGAAGACAAGGACCAUUCGUUCUCCUUACACUCCUGAUGAGCCUAAGGAGCCCAUCUGGGUGAUGAGACAGGACAUCAGCCCAACCAGGGACUCCGAUGACCAGAGGCCACUAGAGGGAGAUUCUCCAUCUCCAGAUUCCUCUUCACCUCGGGGUGCUGAAUCGUCAAGUAGGCAACGUCCCCAGGAUGUCUGCAGUACAGCAGAGGCCUCCACUAAUAAAGAGUCCAGAAAAAGCUUGGCUUCAUUUCCAACCUAUGUUGAAGUUCCUGGACCUUGCGAUCCUGAAGACUUGAUUGAUGGAAUCAUUUUUGCUGCCAAUUACCUUGGCUCAACUCAGCUCCUUUCUGAUAAAACUCCCUCUAAGAAUGUGAGAAUGAUGCAAGCUCAGGAAGCUGUCAGCAGGAUCAAGAUGGCCCAGAAAUUAGCCAAAAGCAGGAAGAAGGCUCCAGAAGGUGAAUCUCAACCUAUGACUGAAGUGGACCUCUUCAUCUCUACUCAAAGAAUAAAAGUGCUGAAUGCAGAUACACAGGAAACUAUGAUGGAUCAUCCCCUGCGGACCAUUUCUUACAUAGCAGAUAUAGGAAACAUAGUUGUUUUGAUGGCUCGUAGACGAAUGCCACGGUCUAACUCCCAGGAUAAUGUGGAAGCAUCUCAUCCUUCCCAAGAUGGAAAGAGGCAGUACAAAAUGAUUUGCCAUGUUUUUGAGUCUGAGGAUGCACAGCUGAUUGCGCAGUCCAUAGGUCAAGCGUUUAGCGUGGCCUACCAAGAAUUUCUGAGGGCAAAUGGAAUCAACCCAGAAGACCUUAGCCAGAAGGAGUACAGUGACUUGCUUAACACCCAGGACAUGUACAAUGAUGACCUGAUUCACUUCUCCAAAUCUGAAAACUGCAAAGAUGUUUACAUUGAAAAACAAAAGGGAGAAAUCCUAGGUGUGGUGAUUGUGGAAUCUGGCUGGGGAUCCAUUCUGCCUACGGUUAUCAUAGCAAACAUGAUGCAUGGGGGACCAGCAGAGAAGUCUGGGAAGCUGAACAUAGGGGACCAGAUCAUGUCAAUCAAUGGGACCAGUCUGGUUGGUUUGCCACUCUCAACAUGUCAGAGCAUUAUAAAGGGUUUGAAAAACCAGGCCCGUGUUAAGCUGAACAUAGUUAGGUGUCCUCCAGUGACCACAGUCUUGAUCAGGAGACCAGACCUCAGAUACCAGUUGGGUUUCAGUGUGCAGAAUGGGAUUAUCUGUAGCCUUAUGAGAGGAGGUAUAGCAGAGAGAGGAGGCGUGCGUGUCGGCCAUCGGAUCAUAGAAAUUAAUGGACAGAGUGUUGUAGCAACACCCCAUGAGAAAAUUGUUCACAUUCUCUCAAAUGCUGUUGGUGAGAUUCAUAUGAAGACUAUGCCGGCUGCCAUGUACAGACUGUUGACUGCGCAAGAGCAACCAGUUUACAUCUAAAGCCAACGCCUCACCGUCACAAUGUGCAUGGAGGAUGUUUUUCCUCAUUAGUGCUUGUCUCUCUAGUGCUGCAUUUCUGUGUCUGCAGAGACAUUUGUUACUCUCUCUCCCUCUACCCCUCAUGGGCACAAACACCGAACACUCUCUUUUCUCCCUCCAUUUUUCCUCUUCUCUCCACCAUUUCCUGGUGGUUUUAGGAAGGGGUAAAAUAUAUCUAUGGGACUAGAUUGGUUGCAUGUUUUUGGAAGUGAAACUUCAUGCAGUUCCACAUGGAAAGCAGGAAAACAGCAGCAGCAUUAUUUACAGCAGGGCUCAUGAAGAAGGUUGCCUGCUUCAUGCUACAAAAUCAGUUUUACUUUUGUGGCUGAAAUUUGACAAACUGAGUAAAUUAAGUGUUCCUGAAUGAAAGAUGUCUUCACAAAACAGAUAGUAGUGUAGAGGUCCAAGUGUUGGAAAUCCUGCACGUGACUGCUUUUCUCACACUAUUUUCUCACAGACACUGAGCACAGUAUUAAAGGUUUGUGUCUGUAGGGAAAGUAGAAUACCAAAAGGAUAGUUUUGCCCUCAGGAAGAACUACCUUCUUAUGAAGACUCAGUAAAUGCUGCUGUUGUAAAAUGUACUGUCCAAUACACACCUUUUAAUUCCCCUCUGUAAUCAGUUCUUCAUGACAGUAGGACACCAGGAGGUGUUCUGUGAGUUGCUGAAACAUGUUACACUUGCAUUACUUGCACUAAGUAAUUUGGGAGAUAUUUUCUACAGCUGUCUCCCCCUCCCUGUCUCCAGGUUUCUAACUCUUUUAUUUUUCUUCUACUUUGUUUUUAAAUGCAACAUGUCUUUUGUAGUCCCUUGCUUAUUUUAGAGGUUAAGGAUGGAGGGGGAGGAACUUUAAAUAGCUACACAAGAAGUAGUGAGGGGAUUUGCUGAAUAGCUACACUUUUUCUAGGCUCUUAAUUACGAAUUUGGUGUGCACAGCUGUGUGUGCCAGUGUAUAUAGACAUUUUUAAAACUGUGCUUGCUAUUUAUGAAGUUUGAAUAUGAGAUCUGCAGACUAUUCCAAGUAAUUUUGUUCUCUGAGCCAGUUUUAACAUAUAUUUUUGUCCAAAGACCUGUCUAAUUUUAUUGACGUUCUCUUUAGUUCAUGAUAUAGUUAACAGUGGAAGCGAUGAGGUGAGAAUAAACUUAUUUAUUUUGUUAUAUAAUUUAACUUGUGAUUUUUUGCCAUAUAAUAUGGCAUUUAAAGGGGAUAUGCUUGUACUAUAUGCACUUAUAUGAAGAUGAUAAACUGUAGAGAUGUAUGAAAUCUAGGAUUUGAUGGGCUUCUAACUUGCAUGCUAAAGACAUAAAAGGGGAUAAAGGGGUUGGGUUGUUUGGGGUUUUUUAAGAGAGGGAAAAUAAAAACAACAGAACAAAAAACAACAACAAGAAAAAAAAAUCAAUAAAAACAGAUGGCUUUUCAUCCUAGUGAGAGGAAAAUUCUCCAUUCUCUGUGGUUACUUUUUACCAGUACUGUAUACUGAGUUUUUAUGCUGAAAUUGAACCACGCAUUUAGUCUAGGGUAAUACUUUUAUUUCUUUAACAGAAAGAGUUUGUGCUGUGUCUUACCAUGAUCGAAAGGCUCAGUGAGAUGAAAACAAGAGCAGGUCAUAGACAGCCACACACCACUUCCACCUGGCACAUGUGCUGGUGGUCACGGUCACUUGUUGUUCAAUUGUUGCGAGAUGGACUCUGCAACAUAAGCAUUGUUUGCAGUCCAGUGGCGAUGUGUUGUUACAGAGUUUGGUGGAUGUGGAUGUGGAUGUGUGUGUGUGUGCACACACUCAGUGCAAACACAACUGAGAGCCAUUGAGGGUUCUUGCCAGAGGUCCAGGUUAGUCUUUCAGAAAUCAUGGAUAGAGAAUAAACUUUGUAUUUUGUUGGGCAGUAAAUAUUUAAGGGAGACAAUGAAGUGGUGCGUAAACUAUUGUAGUAAGUGAAUAUGUUUUAGUGUUGAGAUUCCUGUACGAUGAAUUGAUUUUACUGCAGUUCUUGUUCUAUAAUUUAAUCCAAAACUCCAGAAUAGCAGAUUGCAUGAGAGCGCAGUGUUAGUAUUCCAGGUUAGUACUUACCUCUGCUGCCUGACUGAUGCAACUAGAUAGUGAAUGACUUGUGAGCAUAUUGUUUAACUGUAGACAUUUGGCUUAUAAUUUGAACUUUUUUUCCCCCAUAGCUUUCCAUAUAUAUAUAUAUAUAUAUAUCUGUAUAUGUAAAUAUGGUAUAUAACCAUGUACAAUUUAGAUUACAUACAGUGCAGCCUUUCCAUACGUUGCCUGAGGAAACUUUGUGACCUCUUGAAGACACUGAUAACCAUGCUUCUGGUUCCUGCUCUGUUUACACCCUCAACUUCAGUUGUUUGUGUGGUCCUGUCCUACUCAUAUUGUGAGUUCUUUAACUCACUUAACUGAGAUGUGAAGAAGACCUGAUUAUACAAACAUAUAUAGAGCUGAAACAACUGUUUCUUUGAAAAUCUUGCAGCCAGGCACUUGAGUGCUUGAAUAGUUUGUGGUAAAUAGAUGCUCAGCAUUAAGCAAGUGUAUACUGGCAGGAUCAGUCUAGCAAAACAAAAAACAAACAAACAAACAAAACCCGCAAAAAACACACAAAAAAACCCAAACAACCAAACCUCUCAGUUUUUCCAGCUGAAGCGUGAGUAAGAUUCCUAAACUGUGAGGUCCAUAGCGUGUGUGCACGCUCCUGGCAAUCUUGUAAACAAUCCCGUUUUAAUUUGCAAAGGGAAAGAGUUUUGAGGAAAAAAGAGGUCGAAAGGGAAAGGUUGGCAGUUCUCUAGACUGUUUCAGCAGUUUGUUACCUUCUCUUUGUGAAUUUUUAACAGCUUCCAAGGGACAAACUUCUGGUUUACAUUCCUCCUUCAGUGACAGACCUGAAUUCUUUUUUCAUCCUUGCUCCUUCACACAGUCUAAUUAACUCUUCAGUGUUUACAUUAAGGAUGAAAUAUCCCUUAUAGGUUUGCACUUGGUUUUUUUUUUUCAAUUGGCAAGUUUCACAUGUUUGUUUUGAACCUUGUUUGAAUUUGAGACUCAGUUAGGAUUUGCAGGUUUGCUUGCUUUCCGAGUGAAGAGUAUCUCUGAAGACAGCGACGUGGUUGAGAUCUCUUGUACAUAUUUAGCGUAGCACCUAGACUACGAAGUUGUACUAUUGUUCUGUAAAGAGGGUCAAUAGAAAUUAUUGUAAAGCGUUGGGAAAAGUAUAGUAUUGUAUUUGUAACAAUAUUGUCCUUUGUAAACAUUUAAUGAUCUCUCUAUAUAAAUAUAAAUAUAUAUAUAUAAAUAUAUGUGAGCCUGGAAUGUUGAUACUGCACAUCUACUGAAUGUAAUUCCUCUGAUGUUUUUUGCCACAGGUCUCUGACCUCUGUAAUGAAGCUGCAGUGGUUUGAUUUAGGAGGGCGGAUAGUGGGGAGGGGAGUGGGCUUUUUGUUUCCAGCGGGUCAGGAGGUGUGGGCCUGGCCAGCUGUUUUGUGGUGAUGUAUUUACUGUGCAACAUUUCCUUAUUUAACAGAGCGCUGAUGUCUGUAAGAUUUGCAACAAUAAAAAUACAAAGUAAAAGUA